AUGGACCCUUACGUACAUACAUCCCCCACAGACCUGUAUGCGAAUCUUCCACUCUACGGACGGUGUCGCCCGGAACCAGGCCAUUUUCAUGUCAAAACAGAGCACGUUGGCUCCCAAUCCUCGGACUGCGAGUCGGUAAUCGGCCUCUACGAUGAAUCUAUCCGGAUCUACCCUGCAGGCGAAAGUGGUCGUGAUGUGUUUGCACCUGGCAAUGUCAUUGUCAAAUCAAGCCAUCCCCAUGACACGCAAGAGAUUGCCUGUUCUUUCGCCGAUGCUAAUGAGGUUGACACUAUCUCUAUCGCUAAAAAUUUAAUCCAAAAAUACUCACAAAUAUCCCUGAUCCGUGGCCGCCAAGUAUUAAUCCAAGAGAGAAGCUCUGGUGUCGCUUUGUGCAAAAUGGAAGAUAUUUAG